AUGGCUCGGCCUUGGUCAUCAAUAGUUUUGCCUUUUGGUCUCAUCGCCUUGGUGUUUGCUUGUGUUGCUCAAGCUUCGAUCGUGGAGCACACCUUCAAUGUCGGAAACCUUUCUAUAAGCCAGCUUUGCCAGCCGCCAAGGAUCAUCACGGCGGUGAACGGGCAGCUCCCCGGCCCGGCCAUCCAUGCCCGCGAGGGAGACACUGUGGUUGUUCACCUCGUGAACCAGUCACCCUACAAUAUGACCAUUCAUUGGCACGGCAUAUUCCAGCGCGGCACGCCGUGGGCGGACGGGCCGACGAUGGUGACGCAGUGCCCCGUGAAGCCGGGCGGCAACUACACGUACCGCUUCAACGUGAUGGAGCAGGAGGGGACGCUAUGGUGGCACGCCCACAUCUCCUUCCUCCGCGCCACCGUGUACGGCGCCCUGGUCCUCCGCCCCCGCGGCGGCGCCGAGGCCUACCCGUUCCCCACCAAGCCCGACAGGGAGGAGACCGUCAUCCUCGGCGAGUGGUGGAACGACAACGUCUACUACCUCGAGCAGAUGGCGUUCCUCACCGGGUUCACGGCGCGCAACGCCGACGCCUACACCAUCAACGGCAAGCCGGGAGACUUGUACAACUGCUCCAACGGGAACCAGACGUACAAGUUCCAGGUGCAGAGCAACGAGACGUACCUGCUCCGGAUCAUCAACGCCGCGCUCAACACGCCGCUCUUCUUCAAGGUGGCCAACCACAGGUUCACAGUGGUGGGUGCGGACGCGGCCUACACCACGCCGUACGAGACCGACGUGGUGGUGAUCGCGCCCGGGCAGACCGUGGACGCGCUCAUGGUCGCGUCCGCCGCCGUCGGCCGCUACUACAUGGCGGCGUCCCCAUACGACAGCGCCAUCCCGCAGGGGCCGCCUUUCAGUGAGACCACCGCGACUGCCGUAGUCGAGUACGUCGGCUCGGAAGGCGAGGAGACGCCGGUGCUGCCGUCCCGGCCGGAGUACAACGACACGGCCACAGCCUUCCGGUUCCUCUCCAACCUGACGGCGCUGGUGCUCCCGGGCAAGCCCACGGUGCCGCUGUCGGUGGACACCCGCAUGUUCGUCACCGUGGGGCUCGGUGUCUCCGACUGCCAGCCGAGGCAGCUGCUGUGCAACCGGAGCACCACAGUGUUCUCCUCGAGCAUGAACAACAACUCCUUCGUGCUGCCUGCCCCAGGCGCGGUCUCCAUGCUCCAGGCCCACUACAGCGGCGCGACGGCGGGCGUCUACACCCGCGACUUCCCCGACCGGCCGCCGGUCGUCUUCCACUACACUGCCGAUGCCAGCGACACCGCCUCGUUGCCGUACACGCCUAAGUCGACCAAGGUGAAGACGCUCAGGUACAACGAGACGGUAGAGAUGGUGCUGCAGAACACACGGCUGAUCGCCAAGGAGAGCCACCCCAUGCACCUCCACGGCUUCAACUUCUUCGUGCUCGCGCAGGGCUUCGGCAACUACGACGAGGCGACGGCGACGCCUCAGUUCAACCUCGUCAACCCGCAGGAGCGCAACACCGUUGCUGUCCCCACGGGCGGAUGGGCUGUCAUCCGCUUCGUGGCAAACAACCCUGGGAUGUGGUUCAUGCACUGCCACUUUGAAGCCCAUCUUGAUCUGGGGCUGGGGAUGGUGUUUGAGGUACAGGACGGGCCGACGGCGGAAACAUCGGUGCCGCCACCUCCAGCAGACCUACCACAGUGCUAA